AUGAGUAGCAGUGGCAGCAAAAAUAAUCCUGACUUUACCUUUUAAUGCUCACCUGAUAUAGUUAAAUCAUAUGGAUAAUAGAUUGCCAUUUUUGAUAAAGCAAAUGAGGAAGAUGCUUAAGAAUUUUCCCAUACUGAAAGGAAAAUACAAUAACUUAUAAAAAAAAAUAAGAAUGAGUUAUCCUAUGAUUCUAAAAGUGGGACUGAUGAAAUCAACAAGAAUCUAAAUACUGCUUAACAAUAACUCUCAGAAGCUCCAUAGUCGAUUAAUCCAUUUUUGAAAACUGAAGAGUCUAAAACAAGUAGAGACAGGAGACCUUCCAUUAAGUCUUUAGUACCUUAUUACAAAAACUCUCAUAGUAUUUAAAAUUACUUGAGGAUGCUUGAGCUGAAAACUGUGAAAGGCGACUUAAUUUCAGUAGAGUCAUAGAACUCUGAAGAUGAGUGCAAAUAAUAUGCUAAACAAUAGAUUAUAAAUAUGCAGAGAAUAGGCUCAGCAAUUACAAAAAGUGAUAUAGAAAGUAAUAUUAUUACAAAAAACAAUAAUCAAGAUUAAAAUAGUAAUUAUUAUUGCUCAGAAUUCAGUGAUAAUUAAACAGAUUUUGAUCAAAUAUUUAAAUUAUAAUACUCAAUAAUUUGCCGUAUUUGCAAGAAGCAAGGAUUUAAAACUGAAGAUAAAGACCAUCAAAUUAUAAAUCCUUGUAGCUGCCAAGCACCCAACUACUGGGUACACAAUGCAUGUUUAGAGGAUGAAAUUAGACAAAAUAUCUAAAAUAUCCUUGAAAAUCCAAAUUAAAGCAUCUGCUGCAAAAUGUGUUCAACUCCUUACUCUUUAUCUCUUUUUAAAUACCGUAACUGGAGUAGAUACAGAGAGCUACUACCUUGCUUUUUGUUUCUCUUAUCCAUGGUUGGGUUGAUGCUAUACUUUUUUGUCUAGUUGAUCCUAGAAGUCACACAACAAUCAAUAUCUAUUUCUAGUGCACUGAUUAACUUUUACAUAGUAGUUUUCAUUAUAAUAAUUUGUAUGGUCAUCAUAUAUAUAUCUCUAAAAAUGCUAGAAUAAGUAAAAUUGAAGAUUAAUAGAUAUCAGAAGAGCUUUUAGACAGAAUAAGAAGAGUAAAACUAAGAAACCUUAACUAUUAUUAAAUAUCUAAAAUAAACAAAUGGAUAGUUUCUGUGA